AUGUCUCCUACAUACUUGCUAGUCCUGUUGCUUGGCAUGGUGGUUCUCACCAACCCCUCACUUGCUGAUUACCCUGAGCAUCCCCCAUUCGAGAAGCCACCACCAGAGCAUAAGCCUCCGGUGGAGAAGCCACCUCCUGAACACAAGCCUCCGGUGGAGAAGCCACCUCCUGACCACAAGCCUCCAGUGGAGAAGCCACCUCCUGAACACAAACCAACCCCAUUGGAAAAACCUCCCAAGGGGGAGAAGCCACUCCCAGAACACAAGCCACCAACCCCAGUUGGCAAACCACCUAAGGGAGAGAAGCCACCACAUUAUGGUCACAACCCUGGUCACCCUCCUGCUGAGAAUGCUGAAGACUCAUACAAGCCACCUCGGAAGAUUAAGCCUCCUUCAACUCCAGCAGAGAAGCAACCAGGUCCUGGAAAGAAGCUGCCAACUCCUCCGCACAAGCCACCCCACAAACCUCCUACUCCCACCCAUCCCAACUGA